AGAGAUCAAGGACUAGAGUUGGUUUUGUUGUCGCAGUUAUAACUAGUAUCUGUCAACAGGAGGCGCGUGUCAUCCAUUCUAUCGCGUCUGUUUGAUUGACAGAUAGUUUUAUGCCACCUGUAGUACGACAAACAUUCAGACAAACCUGUUCAAACCAUCACUCUGUCACUGACUCGACGCAGAAAACGCGUCCUGUCCGUUCUGUCGCGUCCGUUGGAUCCACUCCUGAUCACUUUCUUUGAUAGUAAUGGUCGUGUUGUGAUUUUGUCGCCUCUAGUGUAAAUGGGGGUGUGAGUGAAGUUUAAAGCGGAAGUUAAACUUGACUUGAGCGCGUCGGUCUCAGAUUCUCAUUCAUGCGUUUGGCGCUCGGACCCCUGCGUGUCAAACAGCCGGCGUUGUCUCGACGCGUUUAAAAAGUUGCUGUGGUGUCAAUAAGUCAGAUUAAGACAGAUGAGCUCUUUUUACGACGAAAAGGCUGCGUUAGGACUGGCUGAGGAGCUUGGUCAGGUGGACUGUCAGGAUGAGCUGGAGUUUGACUAUCUUUUUGAGUAUGGAAGCACAACGGGACUUCAAGAUGAGCAAAGCAUCUCCUCGCACAAAGACCUCAUCUCUCCUCCCAGCCUCUCCUAUCCUGUGGAGGAAGCUCAACCAUACGGCAUCAAGCCGUGUGUGGCAUCCUUCGCCAAACUCAGUGCCGAAGGUCUCUCAGGCUACACUCAACUGGAGCCCAAGAGCUUCGUGGGGAACUCCAGACCCAACAGCCAAGCGCUGAGCCCCCGGAUUGAGAUCACACCCUCCAGAGAGCACUAUAGUCACGGUCGAGACUCGCUCCAGAACCAUCUGGUGAACAUCAGCCCCAGUGCCGGUCUCACCGUGCCCGGUCAAGACCCUCUGGCCUAUAGGGAGCCGCAGUGCUUGAGUCCCGCCAGCAGCAAUUCAUCCACCUCCUGGCAUUCGGAGAACUACUCGCCUUGGGCUUCCCCUUGCGUGUCGCCCAGCAACAGCCAAGCAGCUGGAGAACUUUGCCCACGACUCCAAGGCAUCCACACGGGUUCCCCUCGAACCAGUCCAGGAACUUCUCCGCGAAGCAGUCUGGCUGAGGACGGGUCCGUGGGGCCACGCUCUCCAUCGCCCCGGCCCGGCUCGCGCUCCAACUCCCCUCUAUGCAAACGCACCUACGACAUGUACAGAAACCUGGUGCCGGUGGCCCGUUCACGCAGCCCAUCGCCCAACGGUGGCCACGAAGAGCAUCACGCCUCCCAUUAUGGCUCCAAUAACAUCUCAGGGGUCAUGAAUGGGUUCGGCGUCGCCCAAGCUAGUUCAAUUCCUACCAAAAUCGUGAAGACCAAUCAGCAGGCCUACUCGCUUUACACAGAGAACCACACUGAGAGUUACCUGGUGUCAUGUGACCAGGAUGUAAAGACCAAACAUGGCCCUGAACCAUUCUUCGUAAUCCCUCAAAUCUGGCCUAAACAGCUGGUGCCGGCAAUAUGCAGCAUCCCUGUGGCUUCCCUGCCGCCGCUGGAGUGGCCUCUGCCCAGCCGCACCGAUCAGUAUGAGCUCCACAUCGAGGUGCAGCCCAAACCGCACCAUAGGGCUCACUAUGAGACCGAGGGCAGCCGCGGGGCAGUCAAAGCCCCUACUGGAGGUCACCCUGUGGUCCAGUUACGUGGAUACCGAGGCAAGGAGCCGCUGGGAUUGCAGAUUUUCAUUGGCACAGCAGACGAGCGCAUCCUGAAGCCUCAUGCUUUCUAUCAGGUCCAUCGCAUUACCGGCAAAACCGUCACCACCACCAGCUACGAGAAGAUCAUCAGCUGCACCAAAGUCCUGGAGAUUCCUCUUGAGCCAAAGAAUAACAUGAAAGCAAUAAUCGAUUGCGCUGGGAUUCUUAAGCUUCGCAAUGCCGACAUCGAGCUGCGAAAAGGAGAGACUGACAUUGGACGGAAAAACACUCGAGUUCGACUGGUUUUCCGUGUUCAUAUUCCCCAGCAAGGAGGCCAACAUGUGUCUCUGCAAGUUGCUUCGCAUCCCAUCGAAUGCUCCCAGAGGUCUGCCCACGAGCUGCCCAUGGUAGAGAAGCAGGACAUGGACGCCUGUUCGGUUCUCGGAGGCCAACAGAUGAUUCUUAUCGGCCAGAACUUUAGCGCAGAUUCAAAGGUGAUCUUCAUGGAGAAAACUCAUGAUGGACAGCAAAUCUGGGAAUUGGAAGCCACAGUUGACAAAGACAAAAGUCAGGAAAGCAUGCUGUUCAUUGAAGUUCCUCCAUAUAGAGACCCAUCCAUUUGCAAUCCUGCCAAAGUCAACUUUUAUGUAAUAAAUGGGAAACGGAAGCGCAGUCAACCACAACAUUUUACCUACACACCUCUACCAGUUCCGUCUAUUAAGACAGAGCCAUUGGAUGAAUAUGAAACUGGUCGGAUGGGUUAUUCCAUGUCGCAGAUGCUGGGGGUGUCUCCCCAGCAGUACUAUAACCCUCGAGGGGUCAUCACCCCAGAGAGCAGCCUGGUGCCUGGCCUUGUCCCCUGUCAGCAGGCCCGCCUGUGUGUCUCCCCUCCAGACCACCGAUUUCAGCAGCAGAGCCCAGCCAUAAUGUACUCCCGUCCUGGAAAAAGCUUGUCAAGCAGUCCUAUUUACUCUCAGACGAGUGCUGCCAUGAUCCCAGACUCCCAUCGAUCAGUUCUGGUCCACACGGGUUCCCCAGCCCAGUCCACUCACCUGGCUGGCCAGCAUCCUUCCAACCAUCAUCCCUCAAUCAUCCAGUUCUCUCCCACCAACCACCACCUGCUCAGAGGAGGAGAUCUUCCCGUGCCACCACCCCCAGAACAUCAGCACAUCAUUUAUUGUGAGGGUUACAAUCAGCACAGUCCUCAAGCCACAGGGGAAAACCAUUCACCAGCACCAGCCCAUGCACCUCAGCAUCCUCAGAAUUACCCCACAGUCAUCCAACAACAGCCCUUCCUCCAGAGGGUGGCCAAAGACAGGUCACCUCCCAUCCAAGUAGAGCCCCAGAGAUGUUCCUCGACGGAAGAACAAAGAACCAGCGUUCCUGGACGAGUCACAGUCAAGCAGGAGAACUUGGACCAGGCCUACCUUGAUGAUGUGAAUGAAAUCAUAAGGAAGGAUUUGACAGGGGUGCCUGGCAGGGGUCAGACAUAGAGAAACCCCUGAUCGGGAGUCAUGCAGGACCCCUGGAGUGCCCUGCCUUCAGCGUCACACGUGAGACUGGUCUACCAGCAGCGAGGCCUCGGCCCGGUCAAGCGUCACCCUGACAAAAACUGGAUCAUGGACCACAUUUAACCCAACAUCCAUCUCAGUCAACUCCAGGAACAGCAGCGUGUUGAUGUGCAAACGUUAUUGAAUUUCCCUGCUAUUAUUUGACUUUUGAAACUCAUCCAAUGUUGAUCUCAUACGUCAAAGUUGUCAGAGCCUUGAGCCUUCAUAAACAGUUUGUAUUGGACAGGUGCAGUCAAGUAAAUUCUUUCCUUUUUAUGUUUUUUUUAAAUUCCAUAGCCAUUUGACUCACAUUAAUGAACUCACUCAGA